ACUUCUACCCGCAGCUGUCUCUUUCGGAAACUGAGCCUGGGCACACCACAGCAGCGUCCCCUCCCCAGUUCUAGCAUUAAAGCAGCCAUGACCACCGCACAGCCCAUUUUCUCCAAAGGAGAAGACUGCAAAGACGGCUGGCACGACGCGAGCGCCGACUACAAUGAGACCGACACGCACCUGGAGAUUUUGGGGAAACCCGUUAUGGAGCGCUGGGAGACCCCCUACAUGCACUCUCUGGCCACUGUAGCUGCAUCUAAAGGUGGGCGGGUUCUUGAGAUUGGCUUUGGAAUGGCUAUAGCCGCCACCAAGGUGGAAUCUUUCCCUAUUCAGGAACACUGGAUUAUUGAGUGCAAUGACGGCGUUUACCAGAGGCUGCUGGAAUGGGCCAAGGUUCAGCCACACAAAGUUGUCCCCCUCAAAGGCCUGUGGGAACAAGUUGUGCCCACCCUACCUGACAGUCACUUUGAUGGAAUCCUUUACGACACAUAUCCACUGUCAGAGGACACAUGGCACACUCACCAGUUUAACUUCAUUAAGGCCCAUUCGAAGAGGAUGCUGAAGCCUGGUGGUGUCCUCACCUACUGCAACCUUACAUCCUGGGGUGAGCUCCUCAAAACUAAAUACAAUGACAUCGACAAAAUGUUCCAGGAAACACAGGUGCCUCAGCUGCUGGAAGCUGGCUUCAAAAAGGAAAACAUUAGCACCACACUGAUGGACAUCAGUCCACCAAGUGAAUGCAAAUACUAUUCCUUCAACAAAAUGAUCACACCAACUAUCCUCAAAGAAUAAGCUACACAUCCAAGCUUCCAUCUUGCUGACCAUUUUCCUGUGCCUACUGUCUUUCAACAGUUGUCAAAAAUGUUGAUUAUCUGAUCUAUUUUAACUUAAAAUAUAUAU